AUGCACCUUCCACACUCAUUCUUUCUCUCUAUACACUUCUCUAAAUCCAAUCAUAACCCCUUAAGCUUAGUAAGAAAAAGAAAAAACAUAUCAACAUGGAAAAUAAUGCUAAUGAAAAUUUCUUUAGCACAUCCUCAUCAUCAUCAUCAACAUCAACACCAACUUCUUCUAACUCAAACUCAUUCACCAAUCAUGACACCAAAAAUAGUCCUCAAAGUAAGUGCAAGAAAAGAGAGAGAAACAAUGAAAAUGACACAAAACACCCUACAUAUAGAGGAGUGAGAAUGAGAGCAUGGGGAAAAUAUGUAUCUGAGAUAAGAGAGCCAAGAAAGAAAUCAAGAAUAUGGCUUGGAACAUACCCUACUGCUGAAAUGGCUGCUAGAGCUCAUGAUGUAGCUGCUUUAGCUAUAAAGGGUAAUUCAGCUUACCUCAAUUUCCCUAACUUGGCUCAAAGUCUUCCAAGGCCUUCAACAACAUCACCUAAAGACAUUCAACUUGCAGCUGCAAAAGCAGCAGCCACUGUUUUUGUGGAAAUUAAGGAUUCUUGUCAAGGUGAUGAAAAUGGUCAAGAUCAAGAUCAAGUUUCAAGUUCAACUCAUUCUUCAAUAGAGAAUGUUCAAGAGUGUAAUUCUAGUUCUCCUUCUUCUACUAAUACUACUACUACAAAUGAUGAUGAUAAUGAUGAUACACUCUUUGAUCUACCGGAUCUAUUUCCGGAUGGAAAACAUGGACUUGUUUCUUAUUCUUCUUCUUGGAAUUUAUGUGCUGUUGAUAGUGGACUUCGGCUCGACGAGCAAUUUUUAUCGUCCUGGGAGUAUUACUAGCGUCGUCGUUGUCUUCUUCUUCGACCCUAAACUUUGAUAUCAAGUUUUUGUCAUUGUAGGCUAAGAUUCGACCUUAAUUUAACUUGCACCGUCUACAUUUGAACACAAUUGUUCAUAGUAAUAAUGCUAUCAACACACUCUUUUCAACUUAUAUUUUUUAAUACAUUGAUAUUCAAAUGAUUUAACAAAAUUCAUUUGGAUUUCAACAUAUUACUAAGUUCGUGUUGAGAAGAUUUAUUAAAAAGUUUGUUUGUAUUAUUCGUGUUUGUAAUAUCGAAGAUUGUGGCAGGCCCACGACCACAACUGUGAUUUAAAACUUCGCUACUAGAUAAUCUCUUGUUUACAUUGAAAGAAAUAAAAUAAGAAAUGAGAAGAAGAAAAAUUAAAUAAAAUUUAGUUUAAUUUGUCUCCUAUUUAAUUAGUCUUUUUGU